AUCCUGACCUUUGGAGAUUCUUAUUUAACAAUCCUGGGGUAGCAAAGGCUUCCUCAUUUGGUUAACUUGGGUUGUGUGGUGAUUUUGUGUUUCAUCCCUUGUUUUCAAAUUGAUCAGUCAGUAAAAUAUGUUUGAUUUUACAAGGCCUGGAGUGCCUUCAUAAAACCAUGAACAAAAGCAGAUUCCCAAAAUUUGGUAGGUAUGUAUGUGUCCACUGAGCUCCUAUGUUUGAUAUGUAUAUAUGGGCAUUAAAGGAAAAUAAAUGUCCUGUAUAUGUGCAGCCCUUUGGCAGACUUGAUGAUACCUUGUGAUUUUUAAAAGUCAAAACCAACUGUAAUUUGUACAGUCUUCCUCUCCUGCUGUUCUGAAAACAGUCUUGAUGAUUCAUUUAGUAUUGUUUGUAAAUAAGAACAGUCUUUGCAGUUGCAUAAAUAGUUUGAUUUCAAGAUCACUGAGGUCAUGGAGGUGUCACAGGUGUAUCAGUGAAUAAUUUUCAGUGCUGUAUUUGCUUCUUAGCAAGCCAUGCAUGCCAUGUUUUUCUCCUCGUCAUUAAAAGCGUGUCUGCAGCCUCAGGAUGCACUGAGGCUGUAAAAAGGCUGUUCUUCUCACUUCUGAGCUGCACAACUGUACAUUAAUCAUUCCUCAGCUUGGGGUUUGUCUCUCCUCCUGGGCUGCUGGUGCAUGCCCUUUGCUUUCUGAGCAGCUCACUAACAAGCAAGAGGGAAAAGGCAAUGGCUCAUCAGUUUUGUAAAUGAGGUUCCAUUAGCACAUUUCCCUGAAUCCUCCUUUAUUUUCAUCUCUCUUCCACCAGUCCAAAGCCCACCUCAAAUUUUAAAAAAUCUAAAGGACUUUAACUGCCUGAAAGAUCGCAGUCUCUUCUCUCCUGGUGACUUCAUACAACAGCAGUAUAUCCAGCUGAAACAGUCUGUGGUCAGCUGGCAAGGACAGCUGCUGGUGAAUUCAGGAGACAUCUUUGAUGGGUCUGAAUAUGGAACUGGGUGGGGUGGGCACCUGGUGUGUUGGACAGAACACACAGCACGAGUCUAUUCAUCCACUAGUCUUGUCACCACAUGGAGCAGGUUUGUUUUCAAUGUAUAGUUUGUGUGUUUUCCUGACAGGCAGAGGGAGCCUGGUUGCUUUUGGUUCUUAAGCAAUGGGAGAGGCACAUUCUCUGAUAUUAAAGUUUUCUGCCCACAGACACUCUGACUGGAUGAUGGGAAUGCAUUGUGAUCCUUCCUCUGCCCCAUUUCAUCAGGUGGGGAUGUCCACUGCCCUGCUUCUCUGAACUGCUGCUGUUUUUCUGCUGCCUAGACAUAGGAAUAAAAUGAAGCUGAGAUUCAGAAAGGGGGGAAAGACAGACAGGGCCUUGAAGAAAGCAGAACAAUGGAUGCAAACAUGAGGCUCAAGAUGCCUCAGAAGGGGAGAGCAGGCAACUAAAUGAAUAGAUGCUCCAGGUCAGAUAGAUGUAAUCCUCUAAGGCUGAAAGGGAAGAGAGUCCUGAUAAUAAUAUGAAUUAUGUGAGCUCUGUUAUCUCAGGAGCUGUUAGGACAAGAGAAAACUUUUGGGGUGAUAUAAGAGAAAAAUGGGACAAAUCUGUGGCAAAUGGGGACGAUAUAAUGUAAAGUUAUGGCUCAAAUUCCUCAGAAUAUGGGGAAUUAAAAAUAGUAUGCCAUCUUGCUUUUCCCAUAGUUAACAAAAAUGUCUGGGUUUCAGAGGUGUUUAACACCUGUGCUGUCCACUGACUUCAGCAGGAUCUCUGCACAUUCAGUGUCUUUGAAAAUCAAGUGUCUAAAUUCAGAUUUAGUGGCUUCUAGAUGCAUCAUCCAGGAAGGUGUUUAAGUUUUUUUGGAUUGCCUUCCCUCUGAGGUGAUGACUGAAUGUGCUCUGAGUCUUUCUUCAGUUCAAUGAGAGAAGCUUAUCAAACUGCACAAGAUAAUGAAUAAUAAACUUUCUUUUCUGCAUUAGCAACAUGGUCGAGAAAAGCAGAAAAUAAAUUAAAACUGAAAUGGUGUUUGCACCUGCUCUUCUGAAAAGAUAACACCUCUCAAAGAAUGUGUAAUUUCAGCUGAGCUCUUCAAUCUCUGAAACACCAUUAAUCAAUAUCACCUAUUCCCUUCGGUCCCUGUAACCUUGGAAUAAGGACAAAACUUACUGUAAGGAAUCACAUAAAUAGGGCAUAGGUGAAGGAUUACACUGGAGAAAAAGGAUUUUAUUGGCUUUUCUGACCUCUCUUCUUAGCUGAGUUUUUACAGUUAUCUUUUGCUUUUUCUUCUUCACUAAGCCUGCUGCAUUUGAAGAUCCUUUUCUGGGUGUUUUGGUAGCAUUUUCCCUUCUCACUAAGAAAUAGUUUAGGUAGUUAUUUAUGCAAAACUUCUCAUUUAUAUCCAUAAGUUCUGGCGUUAUUGUUUGGAGGUGCAGUGUGUUCUUGGAGGGAGAAAUGCAACAAUACAGCUGUGAAAGGGGGAAUCCAGUCAAGCUUACAGAAUUGAUGUGUUUUAAAGUAAACAUGGUCAAGUGGAUGCAAAAAGCUGCAUGUGUGCAUUCAUACUUUGAUUCAUCAAACUGGUUUAGUUUUGGGAUUUAACAUGAAAGAUACAGUAGACUGAAGAUGCAUUGGAAUAGGCUGGUAUUAACUUGAAAUAUUGUGUAAUUUGAAAUACCUGCAGUUUUGAACCAAUGGUUUUCUGUUGCUGGUGGCUUCAACUGGGGCAGCAUCCUUCUAUCCUUUCUGAGUAAUCUCAUUAAUGAGAUGAAAAAUUAUUACAUAGAAGCACAGAAUCAAUUAGGUUGGAAAAGACGUCUGAGAUCAUCGAGUCCAACCUUAGAGCAAUCACUACCCUGUCAACUAGACCGUGGCACCAAGUGUCACAUCCUGUCUUGAGCACCUCCAGGGACAGUUACCCUACCACCUCCCUGGGCAGUCCAUUCCAAUGUCUAGUCACUCUCUCUGGGAACAAAUUCCUCCUGAUCUCCAACCUCAACCUUUUUAAAUAGCACGUGAAUUAUUCAACUGCAAAAGGUUCAGUUAAGACAAAUUAUAUAUCUAGAUUUGGAUUACAAAUAAGCACUGUGAUAUAGUCAGGUUGUCUCAAUUAAUGAGAUGGCAUAUUGACUGAGUCCCUGGCUUAAAGCCUUUAUACAAAUUUGUGCUACAAAAUCUCCACACACUCCCUGUUAUUUCAGCUAUUAAACUCAAACACUUCAGGAUACAGCUAGGGUAAUCCAUGAAUUUAAGUGGCUCUCACAGAGGUCCCUCGAGAACAGCUGAGCUACCUGUGAAAGUGUCUGUGGCUCAGGAGACCUACUGGCUGCCAUUUUGGGGUGGAAAUCUGAUUAAUUCUUCUACUAUUCUUUUCUCUGUAUGUUAAUUAAGCAGAUGCUGUGUCCAGGCUGGAUUUCUGUAAGUAACUGCUGCUUCAACCAUGGCAAAACAGUGCUGCAAGUGAUGCAAAAAGCAGCUGCUGUCCAGCUCUGUACCUGUCAAUCUUCCUCCCAGACUCUCUACAGCCCCCCUAGAUUUCAACACCCGGUUAGAAGCUUUGAUCUUACCUCACAGUCAAAGAUGGUUUAAACCAACCUUAUUUACUUUGUGUGGUCAUCACUUGGGUGCAUACUCCUUCUGUUGACUCCUCUCCAAGGAGGCUGUGCAAACCAAAAAUACCAACUUCCUUCCCAAACCAGUUGCAGUCAAUUGAAGGUGCCUGCCUUUCAUUCACCCCCUUCAUCUUCAGCAGUGGUGAAAUUGCUCUUAAUUACACAUCUCUCAGAGGCUAUACCAACAUAGGCACUGUGUAUAGAAGGAGCCACAGUGGAAUAAAUGGCUGUCUAAUAAUUAAAUAACACUUUUCUUAAAAACAUAACUAAACAAAACAGACUCAAUAGCAACUUUUUUGUAUUCUUUCGUUCUCAUCUCAAGACCUUUGCUAGUCUAAGCUCUCUGUAGCAGAUGAGAGAAAACCAAAUUAGUCCACGAGUGAUUUCACUGUGUUACUUUACUGUAUAUUGAAGCUGUUCAGUUAGUACUAAGGUGGACAUAUCAAAACCUUCUGAGGAGAAAAGCCAAAGAAAGCAUAGGCCAUUGAAGAAUGUUAUGCUAGUUAAUAAAACAUGGGAGAUUCACAACUUUCUAAUGUAGCAAAUUAAAAAGCAAAAGUACAGGCAGAAAGUGACCUGUGUAGCUCUUCUUCCUGUCCAAACACCUUAUUGUCAGUAUUGUACUGGUGGCUUAGAGAGAGAGUAAGAUGUUCCUAUAUACACCUUUACUGUGUAAAUAUUUAUAUCCACCUACAUAAAAACACCUUUGAUAUUUGCAUGAGUGUUUUCCUGAUAUCAGGAGGAUUUGUGACAUGUCUACAUAUUUGUAGACCACUGAAUGUCCUCUGGCGUUUGCUGUAUGCAAUAGUAAAAUUAAGUACAGGCUUUGACCCGUGUCUCUCCAUGCACAGUCACAAACUCGACUACCUGCAACUAUAUAAUAAUUUGAAAUGUGCCUCUAAGAGGAUUCUCUUAUUAUCAAUUUAGCUCUUCAGUUAUUUAAGUGUCACAUCUACCUCUGGAUGCUUUUUCACAUUUGCUGCUAGAUGAUUGCAAUUAAAAUAUUUAUAUGCAGUGCAUUUUCAUAUAAAUCAUAGCAUAUACUGUCUUAUCCAUUCCAUGUAUUUAGAAAGCAUUUUCACUUCUGGAUUUUAAUUCUGAGAAUGGUAUGUUGGCUUCUUUCCUAACACUGGCUCAGCCAGGGAAAAGGGCUUUUGUUUGUUAGGGGUAUUCAGCACAAUUUAGCCUCUGGCAGUGGAGGUGGAUUGCCUGCUGAAGCCUCUUUGAUAUGUGCAGAUUGAUUAGCAGAAAUUUAAACACUAAUUUGAGCAAAUUAAAAUAGUUUUGUCAGCAGAUAAUUCAGGUGUCUUAAAUGUUUAGGGAUUUAUUUACUGACUGACUUGGUUUUGUAUUUAGAAAUUACACAUUAACAUCGGUACUUUUUUAAAGAAAUUUACACCUAGUGACAUUGAAAAAGUCACCUGCAUCAUACCUCUUCUGAUGACAGUCAUCUUUACACAAAUGCUGUUUGUCUUAAUCCCAUAAAAAUGCUUUCAAUUUCUAAUCUGAAUUAAUGCAUUAAACAUAGAAUUAUCUCUAAAAUUUCAAUAUUUUAUUGCUUGAAGUUCCCCUCUCCCCACCUUGAUUAAUUUCCAAGUUGGCUGGAUAUACACUUGUGCCCUGAGUUGGACCAAAUGCCCCUUAUAAUUGAUGGGAAGUUUUUUAUUAGCUUCACCAUGAGUUGAGUUGGUCCAUAACUUCCAGUGGUGGACCUCCAAGACCUGAGUACUGCUCAGCAAAAUCAAUGUAGUACCUCUGGGGGCAUCAGGAGGGUGUAAAUGUUAUUUCUUUAGCAGGACUAAGGUUCUCAUGCAAGCAAAAAAUAGCAGGGAAAAGUAAGGAGCCUACUGUGGUUUUUAAAAGAGUAUGAAAGAGUUAAAGGUCUGCAAGGUGGCUGUCUUCAAUAUUUGACAUCAUAUUCUUCUGAUCCUAUGUUUAACAUCAAUGAAGUGAGUUUUUCCACUUCAGACAAGACCCUGUGAAAGUCAGCCUGCCUGUGUUCUGGGGUACCUCAUACUGGCACAGCAGUGUUUGUAAUGAUGCUGUAUUUGCCAACAAGAUGCAGAAGGAGGUACUGUAGAGUACCUACAGAAUUAUUUUUUAGUAGCUCAGAUUGGAAGGGCCCGCCUGGGUCCUUGUGGCAGACAGUCUUAGAGCAGUGGAGGUCCUUCCUUUGGAAAGCUAUCACAGGUGUAGUUCAGUUUGCUAAGUGUAAAUUGAACUGCAUUUGCUUUGCAGUUGUGUUUCGUCAGUCCUUCUUCAUCCAGUAAGAAGUUUAUUUUCUGCCUGUUCCUUUUUUGCAGUAUCUGAAGAACCUAAAGAACUUUAUAUAUGUAUCUCCAACAAUGCAGAUAUGUGUGUAAGAUUGAUAAUACCCACACCCACAAAAAAUAAAUGACUAAGAAAGAUUCCUUUUUUUUUUCUCCUAUUUGGAGGACACUUGUGUGUAUUUAUUUAGAGGAAUAGCUUUUCAUCUCUGCUUUUACUCAACCACCAUCAGGAACAUAAUGAGAUGGAUUAGACAAGCAAACUGAGCAAUUGUUCUGGCCCUCUGUUCAUUUAUGGAGUACAUGCAUGGCUUCAGGGGCCUCUACUGUAAAAAAGACAAACAAAGCUCUUCUGGAGUAUUGCCAACUCAGGCAUUCACAAAUGCUAUAUUCAUUUUGUCAUUUUGGAGUCUUUAGGAUUCAAGGUAGCAUUUCAAGUUUUCUUCAUCCAUCCAUGGAUUUUGGAAACUCACUUUGUAAUGUGUAUGGAGAUUCGUAUACACCUGCCUGAAUCCAAUAUUUCAACCUUCUGAAAAGUUUCCUCACUUGCCUCUCCCCUUCUUGCCUCUUUUCAAAAAUAACAGGAAAUUUCAGAUAAAUUAGAAGAUUCACACUGCUGUUACUGUGUGAUAAUUUGUGAUGGAAGUAGAUGAUCACAAAGAGGGGAGGUUUUAAGCUUCUAGGUUGUUAAAGCCUAAAGAAUGUUGUAGUGCUCUGAGGUUUGCAAAAGGGACAAAUUUCUUGUUUCCUGGAAGUGUCAAAACGUUUUUUGUCAGGAAUAGGAUGGUUGCUUCAGAAGCAAAAGGCAGGGCUACUUUGGGAAGCAUUUGUUUCUCUUCCUGUGGGGCAGAAGUGGAGCUUUUGAGUGCUGCAGUAGCACGAGCUGGGAUGCAGGCAGACCUGUUCUGGCUUUUGCCUCAAGUGUAGGACUGCAAGGGUGCAACUGUGAGCCAGCAGUGUGAGUGCAGCUGCUAGGACUGACUGAAAUACACUCUUGGCCUCACAGCUAUAAUAUAAUUUUCCUUUUGCUCAAACUGAAGCAAACUGCAACCUGAAGCAAACUGCAAACUGCAACCUGAAGUUGCAUACUCAUAAACUCAUUUUCUUUUUUUCCUCAAAAUUUUGUGUAUGUGGAACCCUUGGAUCCAGUCCUUGCAGCAUGCUCAGGAUGAGUAUGAGGACCUCAGAUGCUGAUAGUGUUUUUGUGUCUUCAGCCCAUCUAUAGCUCUGCUAGUCUUCCAUGGGCUGUGUGUGAUGGGAUACUUGAUAUUUCACUGUGAGAUAGAGAUUCUGGCCAUGCAAUGGGAAUAUUUGAUCAGUUUAGGGAGAGUGUGAUCUAGAGGAUAAGCUAAUUUCAUUCGCUCAGGUGCCCUGCUGUUCACUGGCAGUUUAACCAGAGCAUUGGGCACAGCAUUGCUACCAAGUGCAUGGAGAUCUGCCCAGAUUCUUUACGGGGUUAAAUACCCAUUCCCUCACUGUGAGCUUGGCUGAGCCUCAUCCCCAAUGAGGAACACAGCAGCCUGGGAAACAGACCCCAGCUGUGGACCCGUGAGAGGGCAGCACAGGAUACUGGGAGAGCCUAGAAGAACACAGGUGUUAUUUAUACACUAGGGAUGCCCCAAAACACCCCUUCUACCUUGGUUUGGCACUUUUGGCAGUGCAGGAGUUGGAUUUGUCAGCUCUUCAUGAGCCGAGAGCUCUCCUGGGCUGUUUUCACGUUGCCAGGGCUGGCUGCUGGUGAUGUUUUUGUCAGUGUCAGUUUGACCCAUUACUUGCUGUAAGCUUAUUUGUUCUGCAGCCUGCAGGUAAACUGCAGUACGAAGAUCCUUCCUGCCAAGAGAUUUGGCUGUAAGUUUGCAGUGCCUGGCUGGCAGUGGGAAAUAGGACUCAGUGUGGUGUUUGUCCUGGAAAUUUUUUCGCUGUGUUUUUGGUAGCAGUUGUUGCUAGGGAGAGCUUGUCAGCCCAACUGGGCAUCCAGUGGGGAGUUCUGUGACUUCCAGGACUGGUCUCAAAGCUUAUUGAUGAUUAUUCUUUACAAUACAGUUCAUGAAAGAAGACUUCUGUGUGAGCUUCACCUUUCAUUUUCAGAAUAAAACGUGUCCAAGUAAACUGGGAGAAAUCAGAAACCAGAUGCCACCACCAUUACCCUGAAGCCUAUAACUAAAAAUUGUAAUUCAUGUUUGAAUUCACAUUUUUGGGUGUGAUUGAGAGUUGGUAAAGAUAAGUUUUGCCACAGUGACACAGUUGUGCUUAUUAAGCAAAUUGUUUGUGCACAAAUGGGAAGAGAUUUGGCUCAGAUUGUUUUUGAUUUUCAGAAACUGCCUGCUGGUCAAGCCCUGGGAGAUUUUCCUAUAUCUGGUGGUAAAUCAGAUUUACAGAGGUAAAUCUGUUGCCCUUUUCAUACAUAUCAACUAGAAGUAACAAACUUGGAGAAACAGAGGGUGUGGGGCAAGGGAAGAUGAAAUACUGAAACCAGGGCAAGUUACUCCUUGAAACACAUUUAUGUCUAGCCAUAUCAUUACUGACAGGUGCACAGGCAGUAAGUGUGGCAUCUAACAAAAUAUCAAAACCUACACAGGAUUAGAAUUUAACCCCAGUUCACUUUUUGAAAAGCCAACUAAUAACAUGAAAACUGAGAUUUAGUUUUAAUUACACUUUUUUUACAGGUUUAUAAAGUUUUGCUGAAUCUCUUUUUCUCUCUUCGUACUGAAGGAUGAUCAGAGAAGAGCAGUUCUCUCCCACAAACUGUUCCAGCAUAUUAAAAUGGCAAAAUCUGGCUUCUUUCCUUAGAAGCCUUUUAAGUAGAAGUCUGACAUUGUUCCCAUGAGGGCUGUAGUUUGGCCAGCUGGAAGACUACCAUACCCUCUUGUAUUCUCCUUACCAAGACUAAAAGAGCAAUGAAGAGGGUUGUUGUAAUAGUUAAUAGUUACCAAAUCAAUUGGGUCCUCAUUUUCAAAUGUAAAGAAAUUACACUGAAUGCAUAUUGGAAUCUAGAUUAUAAAUGUAAUAUGUUUCUACUUUAGCCCAUUAACCAGUUUCAGGUGCCACUUUGUCCAUAAAAUGCCCCUUUCUUUCCUCACAAGUGAAUUCCACAGUUGUGUCAAGACUUUUGAGAAGUUCCUUGGACAAUACAAAAAUUAUUACAUGGCUUUGGAUUCUUCUUAGCACUGGGCAUUCAGCACAUCCAAGGAGGAGCUGGAGCUGUUUUAUCUUAGGCAGCAUCAACAGAUUUGUUUAUUAAAUUGCCUCCUGUUACUCCCUGGAAAUCAGUGGAAAGCUUUUGGGAAGGCACAGGUUGUUGCUUGAGCAUAACUGGUCCUGCCAAACCUUGUUGAUGAUAAGCUGGAGGAAAGGAAGGAAGGAAGGAAGUAAUCCAUCCCACUAGACUGUGAGGGUGUAUUUAGGUGGUAAAAAAAAAUCCUGCUCCUUAUGCAUCUGUGUGGCUGAAAAAAGUGACUGCCAGAAAAUUGUCCUUAACUGCUAUUCACCCUCUCAGCUCUGCUGGUGAAAAUAUCCAUGGUCACGUUCCUUGCUCUGCUUUCACUCAGGUUGGGCUAGAUAAUUAAAGAGAGGUGUUGGUGGGCAUUUUCAUGUUGGCUCAUUUUCUUUGGAGAUGACAGGUGUGAUCCCACAGACAGCUCUGCUGGCACAUUUGAGGGAGAAAUUGCCUUGGAUGGAGAAGAGUGACUUGCAGGGUGGUGACCCAUGUCCUUGCAAGCUUGGGGUUGUUCCUUGGUCAGAGUUUGCCUUCCCCCAGUCUUCCCCCUGCAUUGAGAAGUGAUGUGCAAUGCUGCAGGUAGCUGUGAAAGCUGAAUAACCUGGAAUGAGGUUUAAGCCCUGAUACAUUUUAAGUGCAGUCCCUGCCAGAAGCAGCUCUUUGUUGCUGAUUGAGCACAUUUAAUGGGGAGUUUUGAUAAAAACUAGUGCUCCAGGAGCCUUUAGUGCAAGCAACGCCUCUUAAAUUGGAUUUACUAUUACUGCAUGUGCCAGUUCUGGAAAAUCAAAUUAUUUGAUGUGUUUGUUUUUAUAGCUCAAGGAUAAAUCUCACUUCCAGCAUAAGCAGAUGUAAUUUCAUUUAAGUGAAUAUAGUUGUUACCUUUGUCUGAAAUUUUUGAUUUAGCUGUAAAUCUUUGUUGCCUUUUUAAGGAGACUUUCUUUCUCAGUUGCAUUCAGUACAGACCUACAUUGCGAAUGCUUUGCAGAGGUUUUGGAAAAUUGAGAGGGGCAGGCUCCCUGUGCACUUCAGCUUUCCCCAAAAGAUUACUUCUGUCACAAAAGAUUAAUCUUUGAAGUUUACUGGCCAGAAACACAAAGCGUAGCAGCAAGGAGAGAGACCUCUGCUGCGGGUCAGGGAGCGCCAAGUGGCAGAGGGGAUGGGGAGGGAGGAGAAGACACACCCCUGCCGGAGCCAGGGAGAAGCACCCACUCGCUCACUCACAGCUGGAGCGGCAAACACGAGCGUGCACAGUCCGUGGGGAGAGUGGGAGCUGGCAGGAUGUGCUUCAGUUCGCUGCAGAAUGAAUGAGCUGCUGCUCUCAGGGGAGUUUGGCCCCCGUCGCUGAAGUGCGAGCGCGCGGCUGCAUCAAGUGCACUUGCACUGUCGGAUGCCUCGAUACAGCUAACGGAGAUGGGAUUGACUUGGGUGUCUUGUGUGACGUGCCUGCCAUUUAAUUCCUCUUAGCUGCAGCAAAAAAGAGAGAGAGACUUUGCUUACGUGGCAAGAGACAAAGACACCAGAAUAUUGAAAUGUCAUGUGUUUCGAUGUGACACACCUGCAAAAGCCAUUGCUACAAGUUUACACGAAAUCUGCUCAAAGAUUAUGGCUGAACGGAAAAAUGCUAAAGCUAUGGCCUGCAGCUCAUUGCAAGACAGGACAAAUGUCACCCUUGAUGUUCCUCUGCAAGUAGAUUUCCCAACACCAAAGACAGAACUGGUACAGAAGUUUCACGUCCAGUACCUGGGCAUGCUACCUGUAGCAAAACCUGUGGGAAUGGAUACUCUGAACAGUGCCAUUGAAAGUCUAAUGGCUUCCUCUACCAAAGAUGACUGGUUGCCAGUUACCAUGAACGUUGCUGAUGCUACUGUCACAGUCAUCAAUGAAAGAAAUGAAGAGGAAGUCAUGGUGGAGUGUCGUGUGCGGUUCCUGUCCUUCAUGGGAGUGGGCAAAGACAUCCACACGUUCGCCUUCAUUAUGGACACAGGAAACCAGCACUUUGAGUGCCAUGUUUUUUGGUGUGAACCAAAUGCAGGCAACGUAUCAGAAGCUGUUCAGGCUGCUUGUAUGUUACGGUAUCAGAAGUGCUUAGUAGCCAGACCUCCUUCACAGAAAGUUCGGCCGCCCCCGCCGCCAGCAGACUCGGUGACCAGGAGAGUUACAACCAACGUAAAAAGAGGAGUCUUGUCUCUCAUUGACACUUUGAAACAGAAACGUCCGGUCCCUGAGAUACCAUAGCUGCUUCAGAGAGGAGAUUCUCCUACCCUUUGACUGAAGACAGCAGUAGCUACACUAAGGCAAAUGAACAGACAAUGUCUGACCUUCCAUUUCAGUUGCUGAUGCUUUCUCUUCAGAGAAUUUACCCCUAUCGAAACAAUGUUAGACAAGCAUGUUCUCUCGUUCUUGCCACCAUCGUGUGAUAUGAAAAGAAGCAUGAAUAAUUUUUUUGCUGUCAGUGAGUUACAUCAUGGGCAGUGGAAGGUCUGUUUGAUUGUAAAUACCUGAACAUUACCUAAACUCACACAAAAAAGAGAAUAUGGCCACGUCCCUCCCAGUGAACUCGUGCUAAAGUCCUUGGAGUGAAUGAUGCCUGAGUUUAAAAUUUCACCUUCUUGAGCUGGAUUUGUCAUAAACCAAUCUUAAAUCCUACAGCACUUUGCUCUGUUUUCAACACUGGAAUAGGUAUUAAGUAUUAGCUACUAUUGAAUUACUGUAGCUCAAAUACCAAGUUUUAUUUUUUACAGAACUGCAUCUGUUAGUUUUACAUUGUUUGUCAGCUUUAACAUCUCCCUGACAUGUUUUUGAAUCGUACUGUCAUUAUGUCAUCUUCUGGCUACACAUUAUGGUCUUACAGAAGAAUUGUGUUUAAAACCAAACCAAUGAUGAAAAAUCCAGAAGUGUUUUCAGUAAAUGAGUUGCAGGGUGAUCCACUGAAGCUUUUACACUUUAAACAUACCAAUUCAACUGCUGGCUGUUAAAUUUAUUCUCCUAAAUCUAUCAUUAAUUCAUCAAAAAUAGUUUGUAUCAUGGAAGGCUCAAACCAAUCAGGAAUAAGAAGAAGUAGUUAGUGAUUUUAUUCUCUUACAACUGUUAUAGAGACUAAACUAUUCCAUACCUUUUCUAUACAAGUGUUUGAUGAAAUGUUCAGUUCAGUGUCUGGUUGCAUAAUUCCCCCUUCCCCUCGGAGUUUGUUGCUGAAUACUUAGCAUGCCAGAAGAACAAUUACAUUUCUAUUAUUUACAAAACUUCCUGAAAUUUAUUUUACUUUUAAUGCUCUUGUAACAAAAUAAGACAGUUGUUUUUUAACAGGGUAGUGUUUCAGGUAGUACAUUUGGAUUUCACUGCUUUUGCUCCAAAGACUUCAUCUAAUUGAUUUGCUUUACACACCUACAGACCCUCAAAAUCAGCCCAGCAUUGCCCUCAAAAUUGUACCUCAGGCUGAUUUUGAAAUGCAGUCAUUCAUCUUCAGUCUCUUCCUUUGUCAUCUUCUGUCUAAACCUGCAGAUUGGUACAGAUUUUGGAAAUGGAACAUUAAGUAUGUUUAACUAGUGUUAAAAAUGUUUUGCCUCCAUUUAUAGCUAGGUUCCAAACUGUAACUGUCUCCCAAGUCUGCAAAUCUUGUGAUAAAGGAGCACUGGUAAAGUUCUUGUUACAAUAACUCUUUUUUUAUUUUAAUAUGCGAGAGACUGUUAUAAACAAACUAUUUUCUUUUUUAUUUCCUUGUUUGAAGAAAUUAAUGACCACACCUGGCAAAGUAACUUAGGAACACAACAGGAAAAUAAUGAUGAUUCACAAAAUUUCUGCACUGAAAAAACGCAGAAAAAUCAUUACCAAACUCAGUGUGAUGUAUGAGCAAGUGUCAGGUGAAGGCUGGCUAUGCAACUAUUGUAAUUAAAUUUAGCUUUCUACAAUACCCUCUGAAGAGCUGAUCCUCUAUGGAUCUCAGAUCUCUUCAUGACCACAAUCCUGCACCUCAGGCACUGAAGCAGCUGUUUCCCCUCUCAAGGCUCACGCUCUUGCCACCUCCUUUGCACCACCUCUAUUGCCUGCACAGCUGGAGAAGCUGCUUGUGCUGAGUACACGGGGAGAGCUGGAGGGGAGGGGGUGCAAACAAACCCAGCCCCUUUAGCAGUACCUGUGGCUGAACUGACCACGGAGCCAGAUCACAAAGCACGGGCAUGGCAGCUUGCAUACAGCUUCCAUAGUUUCCAGUCCUGAUCCCAGUCACCUCUGCUAGGAGCAGUAAAACUCACUUCCUAGCACACAAUCCCAGAACUGUUUGGUCUGGAAGAGGCCUCAAAGGUCGUCUCAUUCCAAACCCUAUCAGAGGGCACUUUUCACCAGGCAAAGUUGUCCAUCCAACCUGGUCUUGAAUAUUUCCAGGAAUGGCUGCUCUCAAGCUGUGGUAGCUAACAGGUACCCUUAGGUAGGAUUGUGAAGAGAUUAAAGUUUCCUUGUUCAUCAUUGUGCUAGUGAUUCACAUUUUAUUUUAUUUUAAAUUAAAUACUUUGACAGUAUCUUUUUAAAGUUCCUGCUGACAACGUCGUGAUUGGCAACUGUUGUACAGCAGUGAAUUAAUUUUAAACACUAUAAUUAAAUUGUUUCGUUGCAUCUGCACCGUGCUGAUUCUCCCCAAGAGAGAUCCAGACUCUCUUUAACUAAACCAAGACUUAUCAAACAGCAGUGUAAAGGUUCUACAUCUGUGUUGUCAAGGCUAGGAACAUCUAGUUAGCUUUCAUUAGCAAUGGGUGCAGCUGCAGGCAGGGCUGAGGAGAAGACAGAAAGGUAUUUGAAAAGCUGUACAUCACUUGCCAGUGUAUGUUUUAAGAGGUUUUUGUCUGUUAACAAAAUGCUGUUGAUUUUGCAAAUAUUUAAGUAGUGUGCUUGAUGAUUUGACUAUAUGUGGCCUUUUUGCUUCAGUAGAGCUCCUAAUUCUCCAAAAAAUUAAUACACACCCAGGUGUUUGCAGAAUCAGAGCCUAAUAUUUCAAAGCCUAUUAUCUUCUGUUUCACAAUAUACUCAGACACUGUUUUUACCAUGGCCAAAAAAAGUAUGUAUGAGGGGUGGGUGUGUGUGUGUUUUUGAGCAACUGCAACUGUUCUAGUUGAUGUUAUAGCAACCCUUCAGUUAUCUAUGCAUUUUUUAUAAUACCUAGUGAUUCUGUAGGCCGGCAGCCAUGUUCACUAUGCCUUGUAUGUCUGAUGCCAUAUUCUAACUUAACCUGUUAAAUACAGCUUAAAAUAUUUUUAUUUUAUUUAUUCUAUUUUUACUGAAAUAUCCUGCUUUAUUAUGUUGAUGUAUUGUCUUUACUGGAUGUGCUCUUGUAACAUUCUCCACUCUGUAUACUAUAGGUUGCCUAAAAAAAGGCAGGCUUUGUAAUUAUUUAUAGUCACAUUUUUAUUGAAGUCUGUAGAAGAAUCAUGUAAAGCAAAGCUAACAUUGUAAUUUUUUUCAAUGCAAGUAGUAAGUUAGAGGUAUCACGUGUCAGUCAGUCAUGUCAGCACGCCCCCUUGCAGUAGCAAGGAGAUUUAUAUUCACAGUCAAUGACUAAUAGAUAAAAGCCUUUCUUUUGAAAUCUGUAGUGCUGUAGGUUUUAUUUAAGCCACUUACUGUUUCAUUUACAGGGGAGCAAGGAGGUGUGGGAGAUGCAAGGCUAUGGAGGCCACCUACAGGGUGGUUAACUGGGAAUAACAAAAAUAGCACAGGAAUAGCACAGAAUCCAUUCCCAGUAAGAGGAGGUUUAGUGAUAUACUUCCUGUGCAGAGUCACCUGUACCUACAGAAAUAUUAUGCCCUUCAGUGGCAGAGGAACAAAAAGUGUGGAGUAUCUAAUAGCUCACACCAGUGCUGUCACUAAGGGUUCUACAUUUCUUAAUUUUAUCAAGCAUUUCAUAGAUCGUUUACCAUGGAAUCUAAAAGUGUUAGUACGUCACCCAUGGAAAAGAGAACAUUCUCAUUUCAAGAGCCGGGAUGGGCACAGCAUUUCAGCAUUACCCCCGAAUGCAUCACUCCUUUCUCGGGCACAUCAAUUAACACACUGCCACAUGUGCUGUCCCAUCAGCCCAUGCAAGUUUGAUUUAACAACAGUAAGACAGAAGGAAACACAACACUGUUUAUCAGCAGAGCCCAGUCUUACAUGAAAGUACAUGACUGACAACAAAAAGGACAAUUUUCCCUGCUGUUGACCACUUCUCCAUAUUUAAAUGUAAUCUGUUCUGAGAAUAAAUUUAGCUGCAUAAAGUGAUUGUCUCAACUGUUACUGCUCCAUGAAAUUGCGAAAUUAUUUUGUUCAAAACGGUGGUUGAGGGAAGGGAAAAACAUACUGGUGGUUUAGAGGCAAUAGCAGUACUCUAAGGAGUUUUGUAUCUGGAAAGCUGAAUCAACAGUUUCUAGUUGAAAAUUACAAAUAAACAACUGGAUUACAGAAAAA